AUGCCAUACACUACCGAAGAAAUAUACAAUAAGUUCAAAGAAUUAGGUGGCUCUCAUAACUUGCGAGAAGAUUGUGGCACUUUAGCCAGAGGAUUUGAGAAAUUUGAGAGUUUGAAUGCUGAUGAUGCCAUGAGUCCACACGUCGAAUCAAUGAUGCAAGAGUGUCGGAGAGAAUUAGAUACUUUAAGAAGUCAACUUGGACAAGAAACUUAUCAGUGA